GAUAUGUUCAGCAACAACGAAGAGCACAAGAACAGCAAAGAAAAGAACAACGAAUGCAUAAAAAGAAUAAAAGAGGAGAAUGGUGUGCAUAAUCAGGGAAUAUGCGAGGAUGGCGCACUUAGAGAUGAUAUUCUGAUGAGUCGCGGACAGGCACGAUACGGUGUUGGCAGCGCACCCGGUGUACGGAUAGAUGGUGUUGUGAUGGGCAGUGAAUGGGCCGGUGUGCUAAGGACUGACAGCAUGUCAGGCGUGAAUGAGUACAUGGGGGAUGAUUACGCUGCCAAGAAUCAGAACAUUCAGUGCAACGGGUACGGUGCCAUCCAAGACUUGAGAAAUGCAUCUACAGCAUCAAAUACACCGAUCCAGUCACACGAGCACUUCAAUAUUCCACAACAGCAAAUACUUUCCAUGCAUCCCGUUACUUCACACUCCUCAUCUUCUGUGAACACGAACUGGUCAAACUUUUCAAUUUACAAGCACAUGACAGGCAUACCUGAUAGUGUGCAGAAUAACAGUUUAGGAUCUUUGAAUGAUAUUUUUAGGAGAAGUGAGGGUAACACGUUCUUGGAUAUUAACGGAGAAGAGAGUAAUGAGAAGGAUAGGAUUGAUGAGAAGGAUAGGAUUGAUGAGAAGAAUAGGAUUGAUGAGAAGGAUAGGAUUGAUGAGAAGAAUAGGAUUGAUGAGAAGGAUAGGAUUGAUGAGAAGAAUAGGAUUGAUGAGAAGAAUAGG